UAUAAUAGUGUUUCAGUCUCCAGUUUCUAGUUCUGUUUGGUGGUUCAGGGUAAUGAAGAUAAAAUGCACGUAAUAACCCGCAGCUGGGUGAUUUUGUGGAUACAUACGCUGACCUUUGUGAGAAGUGAUCAGAAACGUUGCCAACUUUCAGAGUUUUUGAGCAGUACCAAUUAUGAUUCAAAUUUUGACACAUCUAAUCUGGAGACCAGUUACCCUUAUGGAAAAAACGUGAGAGUGAGCUGCCAUGUUGGCCACAGUGGCUUUUUCAGAAUGCUCUGUGGCGAAAAAGGCUGGAGCUAUCAAGGUUCUAAAUGCAAAGCAAGAUCAUGUGGUCAUCCUGGCGAUGCCCAGUUUGCAGAUUUUGAACUGGACAAAGGAGAUGAUUUUGUCUUUGGAUCACAAGUUGUGUACACCUGCCACAAAGGUUAUCAAAUGGUCAGUCGAACAAACUACCGGCGUUGCCUGGCAGGAGGCUGGGAUGGUGUUGUUCCCGUCUGUGAAGCCUUACAGUGCCCAGUGAUUCAUGUGGACAGUAACGUCCAAGUGAUGGGGGACCCAGAGGAAGCAAACUAUGGCAAUGUGAUUCGAUUUAGAUGCAAAUCCAGCAGUCAAAUACUGCAUGGGUUCACAGAGAUCUAUUGUGAUGAAAAUGGAGAAUGGAGUGGCGAUGCUCCAAAAUGUGAAGAGAUCACAUGUGAUAAACCUAGGAUUGAAAAUGGUUAUGUGAUUGGAGAAAUCCAAACGUACAAAGAAGAUGACAUCUUGGAUUUUGCAUGCAAUCCUAAAUAUAAACCCAGUGAAGAAAGAAAUUCAAAAUGCAUAAAACUAGGAAACACAGCAAACUGGAGCCCCACACCUGCAUGUGAACCAAUAAGAUGUGAACUGACGCUGCCGGCACUCAAAGGAACCACGUAUGACCCUGCUUACAGAAGUUUUUUUCCACCUGAUGCCACAGUAAGAGUCAUAUGUGGAGAGAAGUAUGGGAUUACUACCCGUCAGGACCCCUCAGCAGUGUCUACUUGCCAAGACAACGGACAGUGGGACAUCAGACCGAUAUGCCAGGAGGUUACAUGCUCCAAUCAAAAACACCGAGAUGUGUAUGACUGGAAUGUCUAUUGGAGACAGAGAAUAACAUUGGGUGACACUGCAAGCUAUAGGUGUAGGUCAGGGUACAAGAAAAAAGAUGGCGCUGAUAAGCUCACAUGCACCAGAGAUGGGUGGAGUCCAGAUCCACCUUGUCAAGAGAUUACAUGUGAUAAACCUGAGAUUGAAAAUGGUUAUGUGAUUGGAGAAAUCCAAACGUACAAGGAAAAUGACAUCUUGGAUUUUGCAUGCAAUCCUAAAUAUAAACCCAGUGAAGAAAGAAAUUCAAAAUGCAUAACACUAGGAAACACAGAAAACUGGAGCCCCACACCUGCAUGUGAACCAAUAAAAUGUGAACUGACGCUGCCGGCACUCAAAGGAACCACGUAUGACCCUGCUCACAGAAGUUUGUUUCCACCUGGUGCCACAGUAAGAGUCAUAUGUGGAGAGAAGUAUGGGAUUACUACCCGUCACGACCCCUCAGCAGUGUCUACUUGCCAAGACAACGGACAGUGGGACAUCAGACUGAUAUGCCACGAGGUUACAUGCCCCAAUCAAAAACACCAAGAUGUGUAUGACUGGAAUGUCGAUUGGUGGCAGACAAUAACAUUGGGUGACACUGCAAGCUAUAGGUGUAGGUCAGGGUACAAGAAAACAGAUGGCGCUGAUAAGCUCACAUGCACCAGAGAUGGGUGGAGUCCAGAUCCACCUUGUCAAGAAAUAAAAUGUGACAGAAUGGUUGUCCCGAAUGCAGACAUUAGCAACAAUUAUGAGCAGGAAUACAGAGAAAAUGGAGAGGCCCAUUAUGUCUGCAAGGGUGGUCAAUCACGUUUUACUCUUACCUGUACAGCAAAUGGUUGGGUGGGGCAACCCACUUGUGAAGAUACCAUAACAUGUCCCAAAGCUGAAAUUGAAAAAGGAUUUGGAAUUGUAAUAAGUGGAACACUGCAUUAUGCCUGCGAAGAAGGUUAUAAGCUUGUCACUAAAGGCUGGUGGGGUGAAGCCAAAUGUGACAAGCGCAAGUGGUCUACAAUCCAAAAAUGCAUCGAUGAAAACAGUUGUGGAAAAGUGCCUAAUAUUACUAAUGGGAGAGUGAUCUAUGGAACUGAUAUGAAUCGAGAUUCCUUCCAGAUUGAAUGUAACAAAGGAUAUCUUGCUCGGAUUAGUGAACUAACCUGUCAAAACGGCAAAUGGCAAUCUGGAGAAAUACCAUUCAAAAAGAUCUGUGCACCUAUCUUCGAGCCCUGUGAGGCCCCACCUAGAGUAGAGAAUGCAGUUAUUAAUGGUGCAUAUCAGAAGGAAUACUCGUCUGGCUCUACAGUAACUUAUCUGUGCCGCCAGAAGUAUACAAUGGAGGGAGAAGGCAUGAUUACAUGCACAAAUGGGCAUUGGGAUAAGGUGGACAUUAAUUGUACAUUGCACUGUCACAAGCCCGAAGAUGAGACGGAUAAUAUGAGCGUCACCGAGGAUAAAGAAAGAUAUGUGCAUGAUGAUGUCAUUGAGUAUAGAUGUAUCUCACCUAGUGAAAAAGCUGGCAGGGCAACAUGUGUCAACGGCGAAUGGGAUAAACCAGUAACAUGUAAAGACACAUGCACAGUCACAGAUGUACUUGGCAAAGCAAAGCUUCACAAAUAUGUAGAAGGUGCACAACUAAGGGAAGGAGAAAAGUUAAGGUUUUAUUGCAACCUGCGUGGACACAUUCUUCAAGGGAAGGAAGAGGUCGAAUGUUUAGCAGACGGACAAUGGAGUGGUCCCUUCCCAACAUGUGGAGUUCCUGCGGGCUGUGGAAUACCACCUCGCCUUGUAAAUGGAAGCACCAAGACCACCACUAAACAUCACUAUGAGCAUGAUGAAAAAGUUGAAUACAAGUGUAAGAACCGCUACGUCAUGGAGGGCAAGCCUUUCAAAACCUGCAACAAUGGUGAAUGGGCUGGAGAGAUGAGAUGCCACCUUGCUGCAGGCUGUAAAAGACCACCUGUCCUUGCAAAUGGAGACACCACGACCAGUGCUAAACCUCGAUAUGAGCAUAAUGAAAGAGUUGAUUACACAUGUCAGCAAUACUACAUCAUGGAGGGCGAGCCUUACCAAACCUGCAACAAUGGUGAAUGGACUGGAGAGAUAAAAUGCCUCAAACCCUGCACUGUGGAUAGAGAACUCCUGAUAGCACAUAAUCUUGCAUUCAGACAUAAAGGUGCAGAUAAAUUGUAUUCAGCCCAUGAUGAUGUAAUAGCGUUCCGGUGUGUCACAGGAACAAGACAUGACGGCAGAGUGAAAAUGCGUCAGAAGUGUUAUGAUGGUGUGAUGGACCUGCCAACUUGCCAUUAAGAGUUUUAGUCAGCUGGAAGUGUUAAACAUGAGCUGUCUGGACAAACAUGUAAAAGAUAAUCAGAGUUAAUUUUUUAAUGACAAAAUUAACAGUUGACAGUUGUGCACUGGUCCACUGUCUAUACUUCAGUUUUCAAUAUUAAUAAAACAUAUACAGUUUGUUCA